AUGACAGAAGAAACAACACCCGUUGUUGAGCCAAAUGCCGUGGAAGAACCCCUUGACCUGGUUCGAUUAUCCCUUGAUGAAAGAAUUUAUGUAAAGUUAAGAGGUGACAGGGAAUUACGCGGAAAAUUACACGCAUAUGAUGGACAUCUAAACAUGAUUUUGGGUGAUGUUGAAGAAACGAUCACUGUGGUUGAAAUUAAUGAGGAAACGGAAGAGGAAGUUAUUCGUACUAUCAAAAAUACUGCUGAAAUGCUGUUUGUACGUGGAGAUGGUGUAAUACUGGUUUCUCCACCUUCAAGAACUGGAGUCUAA